GUGUCUAUGUGUAUAAAUUGUCUAUAUCGAUUAUUAUUACGCCUUUUUAUGGAUAAUACAAAUAUUGUUGUGUUUGAACAAACGUCACUCGUCAGUUGUCAUUACUCGUUUGUAUUCAGUAGACAGUAUUAGUUAAAUGGUUUUUAUACUGUCCGUAUGACACUUAACAAAAAACUUUCAUUUUUAAUUCAUAUUCGUUAAGUGUACCAGAUUUCGAUUUAGAAAUUAAUACAAUCGUACAAUCUGUUCAAACAGUGUCCACAACGCAAUCCGUACCUAAUAUUUGUGAUACUCUCUUCUAAAGCUUGACAUUACUUAAAAUUGUUUUCAAAAUGGCAUUGAAUAAAAGAACAGUGCUGUUGUCGGCCGCAAUUCUAACUUUUGGCCUAGGAACAUUAUACUUAGGAUUAACAAUGACGAAGCCAGCUACAGAUCCCAACAGCUGGGAUAUUUUAAUAUUUACGCAAACUUGGCCGUCCACUCUUUGCUAUACAUGGAAGAAAAUAAAUAAAACACAUGAGUGUCGCUUUCCUCCAGAUAAAAAACGUUGGACUAUACACGGAAUUUGGCCAACAAAAUUGGGAACAAUAGGACCUAGUUUUUGCAACAAGACCCUGGCGUUUGACCCAAAUGCCAUUUACGGUAUUCAGAAUGAACUAAAUGAAUAUUGGACAGAUAUUGAGUUACCUCAAAAAAAUACUACAAAUGCUAAUACCGCAGUUUCCAAUAAAAAAAGUAUUUGGUUCCAUGAAUGGGAAAAACAUGGUACGUGUGCCACAAGUUUACCGGCAUUGGAUUCAGAGUUUAAAUAUUUCUAUCAGGGUAUUGAAUGGGCUAAAGAAAAGUAUUCCAUGAAGGAUAUUCUUGAAAAAGCAAACAUUAAAGUCAAUAGUACUUUAAAUGUUAACGAAUAUUGGAAAGCAAUUAGAUCUGUACUAAAAGUCAAUGUAUACGUCAAUUGUGUUUUCAAAAAUGAUACAAAAGAGCAAUUGUUAGAAGAAAUAAGAAUAUGUUUCAACAAAAAUUUAGAACUUACCGAUUGUGAUGGUAUUAAAAGAACUCGAAGCGGUGUUAAAACAUCUUCUCCAUUGACAAAUUGCGACUCAAAAAAACCAAUUUUGUAUCUUGAUCACGUGGCAACCAAUAAUGUGUCUGUUAGUUCUAACACAACUGCUUCUAAUUUGACUAAUAAUGCAAAAGAAUGGGAUUAUUUGGUAUUUUCACAAGCUUGGCCUUAUACUUUUUGCCAUAAAUUGAAAAUGAACUCUGGGAGUCAAUCAUGCAAUUUGCUUGAAAAUGGUAACCAAUGGACAAUUCGUGGAAUAUGGCCAACAAAAGAUGGAACAUCCGGCCCGUUAUACUGUAAUAAUCAAACAAUGUUCCACUUGGAGACAUUAGAUAGCAUCAAGUCAAAUCUGAAAAACCAGUGGACUGAAAAAGAUGAAUAUUGGGGCGACGAAUGGAAAAAGCACGGUACUUGUGCCAUGGAAAUUCAAGCUUUAGAUUCGGAAUUCAAAUAUUUCAAACAAGGUCUAGACUGGAACAAGCAAUACCCAUUGAACGAUAUACUGUCGCAAGGAAGUAUCAAACCAAAUGGCACUUAUCCUAUGAUGCAGAUUUUGCUAACAUUAAAAACUGGAUUGGGCAAAAAACCCUUAAUGUAUUGUUUCACAGAUAAGAAAACUAAUGUCACUUAUAUUGAUGAGCUACGCUUGUGUUUUGACAAAUCAUUGACGUUAGUUGAUUGCGACCAGUUAAAGAGUAAUUCUGAUAAAUCGCACACUAAUUGUCUAAACGAACAACGGAUCUAUUUCCCAGGAGCUCAAGUAUAAUUUAAAGUGACGAUGAGACAGAAGGAAUUUAUACUCAUGCUUUAGUUUUAAAACUUAUUUUUCUCUUUACUUUAUAUAAUACCUAGUUUCUGUAACAGAAAUUAAAUUUUAGCUAAUAAUCUAAAAUUCUUAAAAAUCUCCACAUUCAUAAAAUUAAUUUUAAUCAACAUUUUAUAUAAUUUGAGUAGUAUUUUUAUUUAUCUUUGAUGCAAAUUAAAGUGUAUCUAAUUUAAAA